AACUGGCGCCUCCGAGGACGCGAGCGGGGAGGAGGUUGAGGCCAUGGCCCCUCGGCGCCUCCUGUUGGUUGGGGAGGGGAAUUUCUCCUUCGCUGCUGCUCUGAGCGAGACCCUGGAUGCGAGCGCCCGAGUAACGGCCACCUGCCUCCGGCGCCCGGCCGACUUGGCCCGGGAUCCGGUGGCCGGGGAGAAUCUGCAGCGCCUGCGCGAGCGAGGUACUGAGGUGCGUUUUGGCGUGGACUGCACCCGGCUGGCGGAUGCCUUCGAACUGCACCACAGGGAGUUUGAUCGAAUUUAUUUUAAUUUUCCGCACUGUGGACGAAAAGCUGGAGUAGCUAAGAACAGGGAACUGCUUGCCAAGUUUUUCCAGAGCUGUAAAGAUGUUCUUGCAGAGGAAGGAGAAGUGCAUGUGGCAUUGUGCAGAGGACAAGGUGGGACUCCUGCUGAUAAGCCCAUGAGAGAAUGGCACAACAGUUGGCAAGUGGUUGCCAUGGCAGCUCUGGGCGGAUUCAUCUUAAGUGACGUGCGUCCCUUCAGCUGUGAGGCUGUCCCAGGGUACAAGUGCACUGGAUAUAGGAGUCAAGAUAAGUCCUUUCAUGUAGAAGGUGCUUUGAACCAUAUCUUCACCCGGAGCUUACCCUUUGAAGGUUCACAACCCAGAAUCUUCAGGAUCAAACUGGGUGACCGGUGGUUUUCCUUUGCAGAACCAGAUGCACUUGUGGGAAAGUUGAACAGAGGUUUCCUAGAAACACCUUCAUGUCAUCCUAUCAGAACCAUUAAUGAGAAACUCAUUGCUGAAUUGGGCAAAGCUUUCCCUCUGAAGAGGCUGAAGUGUUCCUUCCCUUUUCUGCCAGAGGGAAGCACCAGUGAUCUCACUUCCUGGAACUGUGACAGUCUGUCAGCUGCCUUUUGGAUUAGCCUCCGUGAAGAUAACUCAAAUUCUGAGUCCCUGACUGGCGGGAUAACACAAGACAUGGAGGACUUUCUAGUGUUUUUUUCAGAAUUUAGCCUUCUCAAGGAUCCUGGAAGAGACAGCAAGGAAGAAGCUCGUGAAGAAAUCUAUGUCCAAACCAAGGUCUGUCUUAGACCUUCUCUCCUAGUUCAUGUUCAGGCUGUCAUCCAAGGACCAGACUUCCUCCCAGGUUCCCUGCAUGUCCUCAGUGGACCUGUCUUUCGGAAGUGCCACAUCUUGCCUUUCACCAUGCCGGCAUUUCAUGAGACUUUAUUUAUCCUUGGGUUUAAUAAAAAUCUGAAGGAUGGUUAUCUUCAGUCACUACUGGAUCACCUGAAGGGCGCUCUCGAUAGCCUUCUGAUUCAGACAUUGCUGGAGGGCUCUAAGCUGAGCAGUUCAGUGGAAUUUGUCUUUCAACCAAAUGGGAAAGAUUAUAUUAUUAAUGUGAAGUCUCAUAAUUUUGGCUCAGAUUGUGCCAAGGAUCUGAUUAUUGGGUCUGUCACUACGUCUGUUACAAGCAUACACAAGGACCAGUGUUUUAUGUUUGUGUCUUUGAACUUGGACCUACUAGCCAUGCUUGUCUGGGGUAUCUCUGACUGGAGGAUGUUGUGGACCUUUGAUCACCGUUUCCUGAAGAAUUUUGUUCCUGGGAAAAUAGAACCCUUUAAAAGCUAUUCCCUGUAUCCCCCGUGUUAUGUGCAUGAUAUUAGUUUUUGGUUAGAUGAGAAGAAAGAAUUUGAUGAACUUGAGUUUCACACGGUGGCCCGAGCAGUGUCCCAGGAGACUGUCAUAUCCAUACAAUUCCUUAGUCGUUUCCAGCAUCCAAAGACUCAACAGGUCAGCCUCUGCUACAGAUUGACUUACCAGACAUGUGACAAGGCCCUCACCCCGCAGCAAGUGGCAUCAAUGCAGUCCCAGUUUAGGAAGGAGAUUCAGCAAAGACUACAUGUAAUACCUCGGUAGUUUAGUAAAUUUACCUCUCAAGUGUGAUCCUUGUGGGUAUGGGUGCGGGUGCAGAUGAAAAAGACCAAUUUGGGGGGCCUGGAUGGCUCAGUCGGUUAAGCAUCUGCCUUCGGCUCAGGUCAUGAUCUCAGGGUCCUGGGAUGGAGACCCACGUUGGGCUCCCUGCUCAGAGGGGAGUCUGCUUCUCUCUCUCCCUCUGCCCAUCCCCCCCGCUUGUGUGUGUGCUCUCUCUUUCUCUCUCAAAUAAAAUCUUAAAAAAAAAAAAAAGAGAACAAGACCAAUUUGUAACUGGUAGUCCUUUCUGGAUUGUGUUUUUUGUAAAAUCUUUUACCUUGUGACUCUAGCCAAUGUUGGUUGACUCUAAAGAAACUUGGGGCUCUGUCACUUAAACUCAUAGACUGUAAUGUGAUUGGUGACCUUUGGAGUUGUACCGUAUUUUGAUCCUGAGUCAUGAGUAGGAAAACUAACAAAACAGUAUCUUGUACUUUAGAUGCUUUAUUUGUGAAGAUGCAAUAGAACUUCAGCGUCAUAUUUAUAUUUUUUCCACACUGCCAAUUCCUCUUCCUUUAUCCCAAUAUGUAUUAUCUUAAUCAAUUUAUGAGAGUGGUUUUUGGAGUCAGACCAACAUUUAUUAGCUUGGGUAAGUUAAAAGUGCUCCAUAAUUAGUAUGGGUAUCAUCAUCAUAACAUUUAUUCCAUGGUUGACUACUGUUGAAGUCAUGGAACUAAUUAAUGUCAGAUUUAGAGUUCACACUUGGGUUUUUCUGACUCAGAAGCCCAUGUUCCUUCUCCCAUUGUUACUUCUCCUUCCCUAGUCUUCUUCACUAGUAACCUCUCUGCUGUGAUUAACUCUAAACUUUGCCCUCCUAGAUUUUGGAGGCUUCUGUUGUAAGCACCUCUCAGAGACACUGGGAGACUAGCUCAGCCCAGGACUCUACAGAAUGGAGUCCUCUAAUGUUAAUUAAUGUAUGUUCCCAUUAAUUAAUAGUUAGGCUCCGCAGAUUGGAAUUAUAUUGUAAUCUCUGGGAAGGAAGUAACUGCCUUAUUUGUUCGUAUAUUUGGAGAAAAGCAUGUAGAAAGGCAAGAAUGGAAGCCAAGAUACAAACUAGGAGGUAAUUACGGUAAUGCCAAUGAGAGAUAAUGGUGACCUGGACCAGGGUGGUAAGAUGUUGUUGGGCUGGGUAAUAUUUAAAAGGAUUUGCUGAUGAACUAUCUGUGUAUGGGUGAAGGGCGCAGGGCUAAAGAAACAGGAAUCAAGCAGGACUGACUGCGUGGUUUUUGACCUGGAAGAACAGAAGUAUCAUUAACCGGGAUGGGAAAACUAGCAUAACAUUCUGGGGAGUGGGGUAAAGAAUCAAGGGAUUCUUUUUUUUUUAAAGAUUUUAUUUAUUUAUUUGACAGAGAGAUAGCGAGAGAGGGAACACAAGCAGGGGGAGUG